AGAGGGGAGGCUUGGGCUGGAAACGUGCAGGUAUAAUGGCGAAUGUCUGCUUUAUGGGUCGCUCGAGUCGCAUCCGGAGGGGAAGGGGACUCUGCUAAAUAGUAAAAUCCACUAUAUGCAAGAUUAAGUUUGCAUGCGAGAGUCUGAGUUGCACAGCAGGCAGAAAUUCAACAGGUUUCUUCAGUCUGUUCCCUCCCUCUGGGAGAGAAAUGGUGGUGGAAAUACGUGGUUUCUUUGGGGUAUAUCUACUAUACUGCACCAACCCCCGUUACCAGGGGCGGACCUACAUUGGCUUCACUGUCAAUCCUGAACGACGCAUAAGCCAACACAAUGCUGGGAAGCGGUGCGGUGGGGCCUGGAAGACAAGUGGACGUGGACCAUGGGACAUGGUGUUGAUUGUCCAUGGUUUCCCCUCUGAUGUGGCUGCUCUGCGUUUUGAAUGGGCCUGGCAACACCCUCACUCGUCCCGCCGUCUCACCCAUGUCACCCGCCGCAGAACACGGGAGCGUCCGUUUGACUUCCGCUUGCGUGUCUUAGCCCACAUGCUGCAAACCGCCCCAUGGUGCCGUCUGCCACUCACCAUACGAUGGCUCAAGCAGGAGUACUGCCGAGAGUUCCCCCCAGGUUUGGAGCCCCCCUUACACAUGCCCAUAGCUUUUGGGCCAGUUCGAGCUGUCAAAGACUCCAAGCGUGCUGAACCGUUAUCUCCGGAGGAACAAGUGAUGACCACAAAACAUUGUAGUGUCUGUCUGAAGACCUUUCAGGAUGGGGAUGAGGACAUUCCCUUGCGCUGUUUUCACCCAACUUGUACCAUGGCUGCUCAUAUGUUUUGCCUGUCUCGCCUUUUCCUGGAAAAGGAGCCCGAUCAUAUUCUGCCCAUCGAAGGGCAGUGCCCGGGCUGCAAGAAUCUUAUUCUUUGGGGAGAUCUGAUUCGUCACCAUAAAGGGUGCUAUGGUAACUUAGAGGCCGAUCCUACCUCCUCUCAGAAACAUUGGGCUGAUGAACUGCAACCAUGAAGGAGACAUUUAAAAAGUGACCCAAGACCUAUUUCCUUGCUGAGCGUGGAUCAGAAGAUCUCAACAUGGUGUACAAUUCAGUUUCUCUUAGUUUGAUGUCCAAAAGUCUAAAAAAACAGCUUAGGGCUGGAGUCUCUGCUUAUAUGUGUCCCCCACCGCCACCCCCCGAAUCAUGUAACAAACAAUAUUUAAUGUUCAUUAAGUGGAAUAAUUAAAUUGAAGGACCAUAGUCAUGCUGGAUGUUUAUGGAUUGAGAGGUAGAAAUGCUUGAGAAGUGCACAGAAACUUUAACUAGGAUGAGAAGAACUAGUUCCAAGUUUCCAUUUCCAAAAUUUCUGGCUGCAAAGUAUGUAAACUUGGUGUUUUAGACUGAAAGAGUCAGUAAACUUAAAAUGAGUAUGUAAAUAAUAUUGCUAUUUUAUAUUGUACCUGUAGCACAUUGAAUGCUUAAAUGGAUUGUAAAAAAAGACACUCUGAAGUGCAGAGAUAUUCUUCAGAUAACACAUUUCUGAUUUUAUGUGGCCUUUUUCUCAUUUAUGCAAAGCAUUUAACAAACACUUUCAGUGAUUCUUACAACUCUGUUUUUAGCUUGGUAUUAACUAAAUAUUGCAGAUGAGAGGAUUAAGUGCAUAGUAGUUUGCGUAAACCCUCUAAUAAAUUCAUGCUUCUAAAUAAUGGGUUAAAAGUUUAUCAGUUGAACUAUUAUGGUAGCAUGUUUUUAAUGAAGUUAACUGACAUGAGUCUUUGUUGAUUAUGAUAGUGUACAAAAUAAACUUGGAAGUCUAUUAUAAAUAUAGUUAUCCUAUAAUGCUAAAAAGGCAGCCAUAGAAACUGAAGAGUAUAUAAAAGAUCAUUCGUAGAAAAUAAAUAUUCCUCACAUAAGGGCCACACGAUCAAGCCGUAGGAUUUGAAGUUACUCCAGAUUUUAUCUGGUGUACUGUUUUUAAAAUGGACCCAGCUUUGAAGCAAAAUCAUUUUUUCCUCUUAUGUGAAAUAUAUGUACUGCUGUUAGAACAGGAUUUUAAGAAGCUUGAAAAGCCAAAAUGAUUUGACAAUACAUUAAAACAGAUGUCUGUGAAAAUUAAUUUAUGAAUUCUGUAAUCAAAAAUCUCUAAGCAGUUUUCAGAAUUAGUAAAAAGGGGGAAAUAGCUUAUGUCAACAAAUGUUGCACUGAUUUUCUAC